CUAAAAAGUUAACACUUACGAAAGCGAAACCGAAAUGCCAGCAGCGAACAUUCAAUAUUCGGUGAAGUAUUCCGAUUUAAAGUAUGAAUAUCGACACGUGAUUUUACCAGCGACGUUAGCCAAGCUAGUACCGAGAACGCACCUCAUGACUGAAACCGAAUGGAGAAACUUGGGCGUCCAGCAGAGUCCCGGUUGGGUGCAUUACAUGCUUCACGUACCCGAACCGCACGUGUUACUGUUUCGCAGACAAAUACAGGAGGAAUAGACUGCAAUGAAUUUUUGUAAUAUUUUUUUCUAAUACAGACGUGACUUACCUAUUAAUUUGUAAGAAAUUGUGUUUCUUGAAUAAUUACUAUUUUUGAACAUG